GUUAGCCCAAUAAGAUGUAUAUUUUAGUCGGACAAUGGUAAACAUUGAUAGUUUAUGUUUUGUAAAAAUAAUUGAAAACUUAAAGUUUUUUUUGUUAAAUAAAAAUACAGUUAUUAAUACUGUUACCCAGGGAAUGAUUUUUCAAGAUGGGAAAAUGUUUCUUGUGCGGAAAGUUACCUGAUUCACAAAACAACUUAACUUUACAUAAAUUUCCACGGGAUGAAAAUUUGUGCAAAAAAUGGUUAAAUAUAUUAGGCUUGGAGAAAAAACAGUUGACGAAAAAUAGUCACUUGUGCUCGAAUCAUUUCAAUCCAGAAAACUUUACGAUUAAUUGUAAUGGAAGCAGAAACAUGUUAAAACCAGGAAGUACACCUUUAGCUUUGACUGAAGAAGUAAAACAAAAUUUUACAGAUAUUUCCAGAGAAGCGAUUGAUCAAUUAAAUCAUAUUUUACAAGACGUUGAUGAAAAAGUUCUUGAUUCAUCUGUCUGUUUAGAAAAAGUUCCUGAGCCAAGUUUAAACAUAAUCUGCCAUAAUGAAACACUUAAACGACAGAAAGCAUUAGUGUUAAGCACAUCAAAGAAGAUGCACGAGGAAGAUUAUAUUUGUCAUGAUCGGCAUUAUACUAAUACUUUCCAGUCUAUGGCGAUAACUAUUGCCAAACUAACUGAAAAAUUAGAUUCUUUGAAGAGGGAAAACAAAAUUCUUCGUCAACAAACAAGUCGUCUUAAAAAAAAGGCAGAGAUGAACAAAUGGAUUAUUUAUCAACAUUCUCCAUCAAAAGAUGUGGAAUUUAACGAAAUACAGUGGAACAAUAUUCUUAAAUUCGAUCAUAACAGCUAACGAUUUUAAAGUAUUAAAUGUAUUAUAUUAUGUGUGUAUAAAAUAAUUAUAAAUGUAUGAAAUGAAUAUUAUUUUUAGUCUUAAUAAAUUCUCUAUAUUUUA